AUGAUGAGAUUUUUGCCCAUUCUCAAGGAAACCCCAAAACGAAACCAUCUUAAAAAACCCACAAUUCAUUCUCUCACUAUGACGAGAUUGUUCUUUGGUAAAUACACAGAGGAACCAGAGCCAAAAGAGUUCAUUGAUUACUUGGAUUCUCUCAAAAACUAUGAGAAAUUAGGUGUGCCUAAGGAUGCUGGCACUGAUUCAGAUGAUGGACUCGAUCUGGGUCGGAUGCGGAGGCUCAUGGACCGGCUUGGUAACCCACAGUCCAAAUUCAAGGCAGUGCAUGUUGCUGGGACAAAAGGGAAAGGAUCAACAGCUGCAUUUCUGUCAAAUAUUUUAAGGGCAGAAGGGUAUUCUGUUGGUUGUUAUACUAGUCCACAUAUCAUGAGUAUAAGGGAAAGGAUUUCAUUAGGGCAAUCAGGCAAUCCAGUAUCAACGAAGACAUUGAACAAACUGUUUCAUAUGAUCCAACCAAAACUUGACGAGGCAAUUCAAUUAGAAAAUGGGUCUCUGACUCAUUUUGAGGUCCUUACUGCUACAGCAUUCACCUUAAUGGCAGAAGAGAAAGUUGACAUUGCGGUCAUUGAGGCUGGGCUAGGGGGUGCAAGAGAUGCAACAAAUAUCCUUUGUAGUUCUGAACUUGCUGCUUCUGUUAUAACAACAAUUGGUGAGGAACACUUGGCAGCACUUGGGGGUUCUUUAGAAAGUAUUGCAGUGGCAAAGUCAGGAAUCAUUAAGAAUAGUCGCCCAGUAGUUCUAGGUGGACCUUUUCUUCCACAUCUUGAGCGUAUACUUCAUGAUAAAGCAUCAGUGAUGUGUUCACCUGUGGUGUCAGCAUCUGAUUCUGGAAUCAGAACUACGAUUAAAGGCCUCAGCAUACUCGAUGGCAGACCUUGCCAAUUGAGUGAUAUUAUUAUACAAGUUGAGAGGGAUUUUCCGCUGUUCAUUGAGUUAUUAGACGUGAAGCUACAAAUGCUUGGAAGGCACCAACUUCACAAUGCAUCAACUGCAGCAUGUGUGGCACUCUCCCUUCGUGAUCAAGGGUGGAGAAUUUCAGAUGGAUCUAUUAGGACUGGUUUAGAGAAUACAUGCUUGCUUGGAAGAAGUCAAUUUCUAUCAACCAAAGAAGCCGAGGGAGGUAUUUCUUUGCAGAGUUCUACUCUUCUAUUAAUUGCAAUUGUAAAUGCUCUUUCAGCUCAUACUAAGGACUCUGCUAAAGCUUUGGUGGACACAGUACAGAUGGUAUUUCCAGAUGCACGAGUGGCUCUUGUAGUUGCAAUGGCAAGUGACAAAGACCAUUUAGCUUUUGCGAGAGAAUUUCUUUCAGGUUUGCAAUUAGAGGCUGUCUUCCUAACAGAAGCCGACAUUGCUGGGGCAAAAUCUCGAACAACUUCAGCUUUGUUGUUAAGAGAUUGCUGGAUUCAAGCUUCUGAAGAAUUGAGCAUUGAUACUAUUCAUGAUGGAAUGGAGAAGAACAAGGAAUUGUUAGAGGAAAACAGAAUCAUAUUAGCUACUGAGAAAUCACCGGAGGUCUCCAUGAGGGCUGCAAAUGAGAUCCUUAGAAGAAGAGCGGGGGGAGCUGCACCAAAGUUUUGCCUCCAACGGUUCUUAGCCAGGAUGGGGACAUGGCAUAAAAAAAUGGGGCAUAGAAAUCUAAAUAUACAAUCAAGUUGGUGGGUCCCAGUUCCGGCCACCCCGACAUCCUCCCGGUUGCACAAUUUCCGAGGGCCACCGUGGAAUACGACGAAUUUCAAGGGGGGUAAUGUGUAA